ACGCCAAGUCAGCCAUAUCUGCCUUUUUCCCCCAUCGAGAAACAGUCAUGAAAGGAGUUCGACCUCUGAAUCAUCUCUCUAGACGAUGUUAUGCAGCUGCCAGAAGGAGCUCGCUGGCCGAACCUUUACCUGUGGACCGCCGCAAUGCCCCUGUCAAGCCAGUCUUCCAGCCACAGGAUAUCCAGGUAUCCAAACUGCCCAGUGGCCUGCUGAUUGCUUCCUUAGAAAACUAUUCUGCCAUUUCCAAAAUCGGUGUGUUUGUGAAUGCUGGCAGCCGCUAUGAGACACCAGACAUUGUUGGGCUUACACAUGUGCUGCGAUUAGCAGGAAACCUGACCACAAAAGGCGCAUCUGCGUUAAAGAUCUGUCGGAGUAUAGAGGCCGUGGGAGGCUCUCUCAGUGUGACAUCAUCCAGGGAACACAUGGCUUACUCUGCAGAAUGUCUGAGAGAUGACUUUGACACAGUCAUGGAGUACUUGAUCAACGUGAUCACUGCCCCUGAGUUUAGACCAUGGGAAUUGUCAGACCUCAUCCCAAGAAUCAAGGUUGACAUAGCCAUGGCUAAGGAGUGUCCACAAAUCGGUGUUGUGGAGAAGUUGCAUGAAGCUGCAUACAAAAAUGGCCUUUCCAACUCGUUGUAUUGCCCAGACUUCAAUGUGGGCAAAAUCAGGUCUGACCAGCUGCAGUCUUUUGUGGAGAAUAAUUACACCAGUGCAAGAAUGACCGUUGUUGGACUUGGUGUAAAGCAUUCCGUGCUGAAGCAGAUGGGAGAGCAGUACCUGAACGUCCAUCCUGGAGCUGGAGUACCUGGGGCCAAAGCUGUGUACCGUGGAGGUGAGAUGCGGCUGCAGAGUGCUGAUGGGCUGGUGCAUGCUCUAGUGGCCAGUGAGUCAGCAGUGACUGGCUCUGUGGAGGCUAACGCCUUCAGUGUGCUGCAGAGGGCUUUGGGAGCUGGCCCUCAUGUCAAGAGAGGAGCCAACAUCUGCAGCAAACUCUGCCAGGGCAUCGCCAAGGCCACCACACAACCAUUUGAUGCCACAGCCUUCAGUGCCACAUACUCAGACUCCGGACUCUUUGGGGUUUACACUAUCUCACAAUAUGAUGCUGCUGGAGAUGUGAUCAUAGCUGCUUUGGCUCAGGUGGCUGCUAUUGCGGAUGGAGGACUUUCCGCAGAGGACCUGGCCAGGGCAAAGAACCAGGUGAAGGCAGAGUACCUCAUGUCCUUAGAGACCACAGAAGGCCUCCUGGAGGAAGUGGCAGCACAGGUAUUUAGCAGUGGAGCCUAUAGCAAACCUGAGGCAGUGCUCCAGGCUAUCGACACUGUAACCUCCAGUGAUGUUACAAACGCUGCAAAGAAGUUUGUGUCCGGCAAGAAAACAAUGGUCAGCAGUGGACAUCUGGUGAACACACCAUUUGUGGACGAGUUGUGAGGGGGAGAAGAGGAGGGGGGUCACCUGUAUUUAAUUAUUAAACAAAGGCAGUUGUUGCCUUGCUGCAGAAAGAAAUGCAAGAGAAAUGGUCCUAAAAAACAUAACGACUACCAACUGCAUUUGACAAUGUUUGUCACCAGCUACUCCUAGUUUUUGUUCAUCAGUUUCAGUGUGCACAAGCACCAAAUAAAGGGACACGUCUAUUUCACUGUAUAUUUGAUGUAAAUUCAUUAAAUGGUUUAUGAAAUCAAUUCUCCCAGAAUAUGUUGUCUGUAAUAUAAUGCUGUUAAAUGGAAACAUACAAUAACUCAGAUCUCUGGGAAGGGCAAUGUAGAGUGAUGACAAUAGCACAUUUUAAGGAAAUGUCACGGUUGUGUAGCUGUUAUGUGAUUUCAUGAAAAUGCAUCUGAAUUUAAUUCUGCUCCUUUGGAGAAAUUAUGAACGAUGUGAUCCUUUAGAAAUAGUAUGAAGUUCAUGUGUAACUAUAGGCUGCUUACAGAUAUAGGGAUGUAAAGUACUUCCAAGCAUGUCCAUGUGGUAUUUGGAAAUCCAACGUUUUACUAUCUAGCAGUUUAGCCAUCUGACUGUUAUGCUGGUUUUUCAAAACUAUUUUGAAUUGGAUCACCCUGAUCCAGGUACAAACUUUUCAGUAUUACAUAAUCUGGAUUAUCAAUGCCACUAAAUUAGACUUCAUAUCACAAUUUAGCCAAGUGGUCAUGCAAGGUACAGUUAGAAUAAUCCAUUGUGUUGUUUUAGUUGUGUUAUCUAUUCCAAGUGAGAAAAAAGCACAAUAAAACAUAAACAUAC